AUGAAGCCUAUACCUGUCGAGGCCCUGGCGUCUUCGGACCUCUACCGCUUUAUUGUAGGCCCAGAGAAGAAGGUGUAUCAUGUUCACUCCGCAGUUCUCGCGAACCACUCGCCAGCCCUCGACGCCAUGGUAAAUGGUGGGCUGCGCGAAUCUGUAGAACAGACCGUGGACUGGACAGACGUUGAGCCGACUGCUUUCCUCGAUGAAGAUGUGCUUGAAGUCGACAUUCGAGAGGAAGAGAGAGAUAUACCGCCGUAUUGUAUUCUCGACGAACUUUGGAUCAAAUUCAAUGCAUUGCCCCUCGGGGAUUCAGAGCAAUGGCUCCCCCGUCAGCCUAAAUCAGUAAGCAGCCGAGUGGUCGUGAAUUCAUAUUCAGAUCUUCUCAUCCAUCAUGCCCGGGUGUGCGUUUUGGCAGAUAAAUACCUCGUCCCACCCCUGAAACAACUAGCUCUUGAAGCCCUUCGGAAAGAAUUGAGCCUUCAUUUAUGCGACCUAGAGAAGAUCCCAGAGAUAGCCCCGGAUGUCAUUGCUCUGCUUCACUAUUGUUUCAACAACCCAGCUCCCGAGAAGCUGAGAAAGCUUGUCAGCCUCUUUACCGCCUGCAUCAUAACCGACCUGUGGAAGUGCGAGGGCGUCCAGGAUCUGCUGGAAAGCUCUGGGGAAUUAUCCACGGCUGUUCUCGGGUGCAUUGCCACAAAUCUAGAUGCGAUGCUGUUUCACCGAUUCCUUGGCUACUCAGAGAUCGAGUGCAAGAUAAAAACAGCAAUGGGAGAUGCCAGAUCCGACAUCUCAACAGAAUGA